AACCAUCACCAUUGAUGAAGCUCGGACUUGGAUGAAAGUUUGUCAAUCCGGUAAAGUCAUUAAUUUCCGUGGACAGCGGCAUAAUCGGCUCAAAUUGCGACACCGCUGUCUCUGUCCAUACUGCAUUCGGUAUACUGGACACCACUGAAAAAACCCACUUAAAAACUUUGGAGCUUGUUCAAACCAAACCCGUUUAUUAAUUGACAAUGCUGCCCGGGCAUUCAAACUUUGUCAGCCACUCAGCAACUCAAGAUCACGGGAAACAAUCAAAGCUCCUUCAUGCGUUUUAACAGAACCAAUGCCUUCUCUCCAUUGACUUGUUUUUCUGAACAAAAUGGAGAGAAAAACACAGGCCCCCAUGCUUUUACAGGCAUUGUGGGUUUCGGUGCUCCUCAGCGUUUUCACGGCUGUAGCUGCGAAGAAUACAGACCCGGUAGUGAUUCGGAUCAGCUGUGGCUCCACCAAGGACACCCGAUCACCUCGCACUAACUUUCUCUGGCACAAAGAUUUUGGCUACACAGGUGGCCGGUCUGCCAAUGCCACUGGCACAAGCAACAUUGCACCGCAGCUCGAUAAACUCCGCUACUUUUCCUUGUCAGAUGGCCCUGAAAAUUGCUACAAUAUCAGUGGCCUUCCUCAAGGUCAUUAUAUGCUGCGGCUCUUCUUUGGAUUGAAUGAAGAUGUUUUGGCUGAUCGGGAACCCCUUUUUGACAUCUCUGUUGAAGGCACUCAGGUCUAUUCUGUCAAGCCAGGGUGGUCUGUAAAUGAUGAGCAGUCAUAUGUUGAAAUGAUGGUGUUUGUUUCUGACACAGCUGCCACGGUCUGCUUUCACAGCACUGGGCACGGGGACCCAUCUGUAAUGUCAAUAGAGGUUCUUGAGGUGCAUCCCCGGGCUUAUUAUUUUGGGGACAGUUGGGCAGAUUUGAGUUUGAGGACACUCAAACGCAUCAACUGUGGACAUCAAUUGGGUCGAUUAUAUGAGUUUGGAGAUUUGUUCUGGUUGUCAGACAGUGGUGUUGACAAGAGUGGCGGACAACCUUUGGUGACAGAGAGACAAAUCAAAGACACACCAACAGCCCCAAAUUAUUAUCCAGUGCAGAUUUAUCAAUCGGCUACAAGGGGUAGUGUAGGGGAGCCUUUGAGUUACAGGUUCAGUGUGGAGCCUGGGAAGAGUUAUUCUGUGUGGAUGCAUUUUGCAGAGAUUGAGAAUGGUGUGCAUAGGGAAGGGCAGAGGGUGUUUGAUGUGGUAGUAAAUGGGCAGGUAGUUUUUGGGAAUGUGGAUGUUGUGAGGAUGACAAAGGGUGCUUUUACUGCUCUGGUGUUGAAUGUGACAGUGACUGUGAAUAGCAGAAGUCUGGUGAUUAGUUUCAGGCCACGGCGACAGAGCAGCGCACUUGUGAAUGCAAUCGAAAUAUUUGAAUUGAUAGAAAUGGAGCAGAAGACUUUGAAGAAAGAAGUUUGGGCUUUGCGGGAGCUGAAGAAGACCUUAGGACUUCCUCUUCGGUUUGGAUGGAAUGGUGAUCCUUGUGUUCCCCAGCAACACCCUUGGAGUGGAAUCAACUGCCGAUUUGAUCAGAAAGAAAAUGCAUGGUUCAUUGAUGGAUUAGGCCUUGACAACCAGGGAUUGAAGGGAUUUAUAAGUGAUGAGAUAGCAAAUCUACAAGGUCUACAAAGCGUAAAUUUGAGUGGAAACAGUAUACAUGGACCGAUUCCUUCUGCAAUUGGGACUAUUUUUAAACUGGAGAUUUUAGAUCUGUCAAAUAACAUGCUGAAUGGCUCAAUUCCUGAAAGCUUUGGUAGUUUGAGUCAUCUGCGGAAACUGUAUCUUAAUGGAAAUCUUUUGUCUGGAAAAGUUCCAGCUGCACUAAAUGGUGGACCUAUCCAUGGGGCAAGCUUCAAUUUUGCAGAAAAUGCAGGCCUUUGUGGUGUUCCUGGACUCCGAUCAUGUGGCCCCCAUCUUUCAGCAGGAUCUAUUUUUGGGAUAGCUCUAGGAGUUAUAUUCUCAGCAAUCGUUUUUCUUGUAUGUGGAGUCUGCAUGUGGAAAAGAAGGCAAAACAUUCUUCGUGCACAACGACUUGCCUUGCGGGAAGCUCCAUAUGCAAAAGCUAGGACUAACUUUACAAGAGAUGUGCAAAUGUCGAGACCUUACAUUCAUGAUCACAUUCGAACUUAUACAGAUCCUGGGCCACAAUUACUUACUUAGUCAUCUCCCUAGGUGCCAAGACUAUGUUGUGUAAUCAUGAUGUUUAUAAUAGAAACUGGUAUUUAUUUCCAUAUACCAAACAAGAUUCAGAUAUAUUGUUUUGCAUAGGAUGAAAGUUACCACCUCAUUCGGCAUAUUACUCUUCAUUUGUUGCAUUUAAAGGCUUGAAGAACAAUUCCUAAAUUUCGGGUUGAUAUUGAAGUCAACCCUUGUUGAAGGAAUCAAGAGCCAAUUUCUGGUUCAUUUUUUUUCCAUUCAUUAUUUUAUAGACAUUUUUACUUCGUGGUCCAUAUGCAUAGAUACUCACAAGUCACAAUGACUAUGUUCCAUGCUAUGAUAAGUUUGAUUCUGUUUUUCA